AUGGCAUACUGCCAUAGAGUGGCAAUGAGAAGAAGUGCUACAGAUGGCAAGGUCUGGUUUCUAUUUUUUAAUCUACUGAGGAUCGAGUCACAACAGAGUAUGACUUCAAUUACUUUGGAUAAAUUUUGGAUGUUUGGGAUUUUACUCUCGAUAUGGACAAUCGAGCACCAGUCCAUGGUCUUGCCCAAUUCUAGUCUGGCCUUUAAUUCUGUGGAAAACUGUCCUGGAAACAAAACAGCCGUACAGGAUGCCUCACAGAGACUCAACUGUUCUUAUGGUGUUUUUGUCAGCAAAAACGAGUACCACUGUGUGCCAAUCUGGGAUUUUAGUCAUCUUGUAGAGUUUUGCCUCGAUCAAAGUGGGUUAAUACAAUCUGGAGUUUGCAUGGUGUUGGAUGGAAAUGGUCUCAAAUCUCGUCCAUGUUCUGAGUUUAUAAAAGGAUGUCCAAAUGUUUCAUAUCCUUCAGAAGAAAUGUAUAAGUUUCCAGCCUGUACACGGAUUAACAGAUAUCACAAAUGUUAUCUUGAGGAUGCAAAUUGUCAAAUGUCCACUAGGCAACCUGUUACGAAUAUACAAGACGGAAAUUCCACAUUUGAUAUGGAUUCAACAACUUCGCAGGAUAUCUUUUUACAAGUGUUUUUGCCUCUUCUAGUUUUAGCAUUGUUAGCAGCAAUAGUGUUUUCGAUAUAUUUAAUAUGCAACAGAAAAGGCAACCCAACACAGGUCGGAUCGGAAGAGGAAGGAAUACAUUUGCUCCCAACGAACGAACAUUCUGGAAAUUUAGAUAAGCCUGGGACAACAAAAACUUUAGGGGAUGACUUCAAGGAGAAAGUUAAGGACGACGAGUUUCAAAAAAGGUUUAAGAGACAUAUUCAGGAAGGAUAUGAAGAAGUUUGCCCAAUAUCUCAAAUUAUCAUAGUUGGAGAGAAUGGGGUCGGGAAGACGACUCUACUGUAUCGACUACAAGGAAGAACAGAGGAAGAAAUAGAAAAAAUAACAUCAACUCGUGGUGUAGAAUUCCAUGUCAGAAAGGAUAGCUUCAUCGUAAACGCUGGAAAUCUUGAGAUAAAUCAAGAGGGAAUAAGCGGCUUGACAAUAGAUCCAGACACACUGAUUAACGAACUUCUGUCAGAGAAGCCAGAAAGCAAACAAGAAUCACAUGCAAAACAGGCUAAAAAUGAACAAUCCGAAGAAAAGAAGCAAGAAUCACCUACGGAUAAAAGUGUGAAAGAGACAGUACCAGGUGGUGAGAAAAAAGAUGAAAGUAUUGAAUUGACUGAACCAGAUGAAGAAAUGAAACAUGAAAGUAUUGAAUUGACUGAACCAGAUGAAGAAAUGAAAGAAAUGAAAACUGAAGUAACCGAACAAGCUACUCCAGUCACUGAAGUAAAAUAUACAGCAAAAAUGAAAAACCUUGCCAGGUUUUCCGAAGAUAAAGUUGAAAAGGAUAUUCUGCCCUUCAUACACAGGAAGUUAAAAGAGGAUGAAAGUAUUUUGGCACAAUUAGGGAACAAAAACAAUAUUGUAUUAGAUGUUCUGGAUUUUGCUGGACAGGGGGCCUAUUAUGCGUCACACCAAACUUUUAUUCGAGAAGAUGCCAUAUACAUAAUAGUUAUUGAUGCAUCUAGAAGUGUAGAAGAAAAAUGUGGGGAAAAUAAAGAAAUAGAAGUUGCAAAAAAUGAAUCCCUUGACUUAUCUAAUACAUCUUUUUCAAAUUGGUGCCAAAAAGAUUACGUUAAGUACUGGUUAAAUACUAUCAAAAUCCAUGGAGGUGGGUGUGAAAAGAUUAUUUUCGUCGGUACACAUAGAAGAAAUGACACUGCCUGCCUAAAAACAUACGCUUAUAAUUUGUCAGCUAACUCCUCUCGUUUUGAAUUUUUCUUUCUGAAAGUAUUUUGA